GGGGAAGCGGUUUUUUCUGGGAAAAACACUGAUGUCAUACAAAGUUAUUGUUAAACCAAUCAACAGCUUACAAACGAUCAAAUAAAGAUUCAAGUUUCAGUUUUACUCAGAGUUGUUACGAGAGCAAAAUUACAUGUUGAAAUCAUGGCGGAGAAAGGAAUAUCUGCCUCGAGUAUGGAAGGAGAAGAUGAGGGCAGAACGAUAUUGGUGUCAGGAAUCCCAACUGAUUUCCGUUUGGAAGCCAUUCAGUCUUAUUUUGAGAACAAGAGUAGAUCAAGUGGAGGACCUAUUAAAGGAAAGCCAGAACGGAUCCAAGAUUCUGAGGAAGUUAUUAUCACUUUUGAAUCGGAAAAAGAUGCAGAAAAUGUUGUCCAAAGGAAGGUCCAUAAUGUAAGCAAACAUAAACUUCAUGUGGACUGGUAUAAAAAUCUAGUCUGGCAAGAAGAUGCAAUGGUUGUGUCAAAUGGCCCCAAAGACAUGUCGGAAAAAAUGUUAAUUGAUUUUUUGGAAAAGACAGGAAAAUUAGAUAUUGUAUAUGUUUCCCCUGGAAGAAAAGCUGGAACUUUUCUUGUGUAUUGCCAAAAUGAAAUUGAUUUUGAGUGUGUUCAGAGGAUGUGCAAAAAAAAACCCUUAAAAGGAAAUCAACUGAAAGUGAAUAGAAUUAAGGAAAUAAACAGUGUUCAAGUGAAAAACGUUUCUUCAAAUGUCAGCUCUGACAGUCUUCAAAGCUAUUUUGGAAAUAGAAAAGAAAGUUCUGGUGGAGAUAUUUCUUCAGUUCAACAACAAACCUCUGAUACUUACAUUGUAAGUUUUAAAGAGGCGUAUGUUGUGCUGGACGUUUGUAGCAGAGAUCAUAUACUGCUAAAUGUGGAGUUAGAUGUUCAACCAUUCUGGGUACCAUGUGAAGAAAAUACCAUUUCAAGACAGCAAGUCCAUGGCUAUUUACUACCUUCCAAGUUCCAUCUGACUUUCUUAAAGAAACAUAAAAUCAUAGUUAAUGACCAAUUAAAGAAAGGGGCUGAAGUAAUAUGGAAAGAUUCCAAGUUUAAUAAACUGAAAUUAAGUUAUUCUGAAGGAAAUUUGAAGCAAAUUGAACAAUGUUUGAAAGAUUUAUUAAAUUCCAUUACUGUUGAAACUAUUGAUGUUCCAACCGAUAUUUUUGAAGACGUUGUUAGAACAUUUAAGAGUCAAGCUGACCAGAGGCACUUUUAUUUUGAUAACCGAAAUUUCCAAGCUAAUAUUUUGGGAUUUAAUAAAAGUGAUGUGAUUAAAAUGAAAAACAGACUUUUGGAUACUUUUAGAAGGAAAUGUGAGUUUAAUUUAAAUAUUCAUGAAAGACGUAUUCUAUCUGGUCACAGAUUUUUUGAGCAGACACAAAGACACUCCAAUGAUCUACAAGUCAGGAUUCAUGGUAACAAAGUUAUUUUUGAAGGCCACACUUCCAAAAUAGCUAAUUGUCACAAGAAUAUGCAUAAAAUCCUUCAGUCAAUUGUUAAAUCCAAACUGUGUUUUCCUUUAAAUACUGGAAUGAUCAUAAAUAAAAAACCAGUGAAAGAAUAUCUUGAUGACAAACUGAGAGACAAGAAUUGUAUUGGUUCAUGGGAAACAUAUGGCAGUGAUUCAGUAUUGGUUUAUGCAAGUGAUAAAACACAUCUUUCACUUUUGGAAAUAAUUCUGAAAGAAACUUUUGUUGCCAAUACACUGGAUUUUGUAGACAAAAUUAGGGAUACUCAACAUUAUGGAAAGUGGCUGACAUUUGUUGAAAAACUAAAAGAAGAGUUUCCAGAUUCCCAUUUUAUUGGAGAAAAUUCUAUUGUUGCUGUUGAUGCUGUAGGUAAUGCUAUAAAAAACAAAAUUGAUAACUUUAUGCAAUCUUUAACUUAUGAAUCUUAUAUAUCGAUGCCUCUUGAACAUUUCCUCUUUCUUAAAGAGUUCAAAGAACAAGAAAUCAAUGACUUUGGUGCGAAAAAUAAAAUUAAGAAUGUGUGUCUCAAAGAUAAUAAGUUACACCUGGAAGGAACACAAGAGCAAAUAAAAAAAAUGGAAACAUUUAUAGAAAAUUUAAGAAAGGAUACCAGCUCACAAGAAGUGAAAUUAGAAAUGUUUAGAUUUCGAGAUUUUCUGCAAAGUGAAGAAGGAAAGAAUUUCAUGUGCGAAAUGCAGAAGAAAUCUGAGAGUAUAAUAUCAUUAAAUUCAGAUUUAGGAAGUGAAACAGACAGAAUACUUAAUUUUGUGUAUAAAAACUGUGAAAUAGUGUUGAAGGAAGAUGACAUCACGACUCUGGACACAGAUGCUAUUGUUAAUGCUGCAAAUGGUAAAUUGGAUCACAAGGGAGGAAUUGCGGCAGCCAUUGUGCGGAAAGGUGGGUUUGAAAUUCAGGCGGAAUCUAACAAAAUUAUGAAUCAAAGAAGGAGUGAACUGAAAACUGGAGAAGUAGUGUCAACUAAAGCUGGUAAACUCAAAUGCAAGACUAUCAUUCAUGCUGUUGGACCCGUUUGGAAUAAUGGACGAACCAAUGAAAUUUUUCACCUUUCAAGAGCUGUUCAAAAUUGUUUGGCAUUCCUUGAAGAAAAGUCUUAUACAUCAAUUGCAAUUCCUGCCAUCAGUACAGGUAUUUAUGGUAUACCCAUAGAAGAAGGAACCAAAUGUACAGUAAGGACGAUAAAGAAUUAUCUUGAUACUCACUCGAAUUCUAAAAUAAAACAUAUUUGUUUGAUUGAUGUACGGAAGGAAGUAAUCAGAGCUUUUAAGCUUCAUCUAGAAACGGUGUUUGGAAUCAGUAAAAGCAGAGGAACCACAUCAUUCAACGCAUCCCUUCUUGGUCCACAACAGAAAGCAGCCCCUAUGACACCCAGAACUAAUGUGGCAUCCGGAGAAAAUGCUGGCAUCAAAAUACAACUAAUGAUUGGUUCAAUUUCUAAUGCAUCUGUUGAUGUCAUCGUUAACAGCACCAAUAAAAACCUCCUGCUUAAUAAUGGUUCUAUCUCCAAAUUUAUUCUCAAUGCUGCUGGUCCCCAGAUACAAAGCGAAUGUAGCCAGAAAUAUCCUCAAGGUAUUUCUACUUCUGAAGUAGCCAUAACUAAAGGAUAUAACCUCAAAUGUAAGAAUGUUUUUCAUCUGGCAUUACCGCCCUGGGGUGUAAACUCCUCACAUUCAACUCUGGCAAACUUGACUCAAAUAAUAACCAUUUGUCUGGGGAAAGCUGAGAGAAGAGGAGCAAAAAGCCUUGCAUUUCCUAUAUUAGGGGCUGGAAAAUUGAGGUACCCCAUUGAAAACCUACCCAGAACUAUGUAUGAAGCAGUGAAAAACUACUCAAAGCAAAAUUCAAGCCAGAUCAAAGUUGUAAACUUUGUGGUUUAUCCUCAAGACACAGAAAUAGUAAAGGAAUUUGAUGAAUAUCUCCGAAACAGAGAAACUAAAUUAUCAAGCCCAUCCUUUCCUGGUCCACAACUGAAAACAGUCUCUAUCAUACCCAGACCUUAUAUGACAUCCGGAGAAAAUGCUGGCAUUAAAAUAAACUUAAUGAUUGGUUCAAUUUCUAAUGUAUCUGUUGAUGUCAUCGUUAACAGCACCAAUGAACACCUCCAGCUUGACAGUGGUUCUAUCUCCAAAUCUAUUCUCAAUGCUGCUGGUCCACAGAUACAAGCUGAAUGUAACCGGAAAUAUCCUCAAGGUAUUUCUACAUCUAAAAUAGCCAUCACUGAAGGAUAUAACCUCAACUGUGAGAAUGUAAUUCAUCUGGCAUUACCUCCCUGGGAUGAAAAUUCAUCUGAUUCAAUAUUGCGAAACUUGACUAGCAUGGUAGACACUUGUCUAGGAACUGCUUCAUGUCUUAGUGCAAAAAGCCUUGCAUUUCCUAUAUUAGGAGCUGGAGUAUUGAAAUAUCCCAUUGAAAAACUACCUGGAACUAUGUAUGAAGCAGUCAAAGAGUCACCUCGAAAAUACGAUAUCAAAGAUGUUUACUUUGUUGUUUUCCCUAAAGACACAGAAAUAGUAAAGAAAUUUAAAGAAUAUUUCCAACAAAUGUCAGCAGAUGGCUCAGCUGUAACAUCAGAUGAUGAAGAUGACGAAGAUGAAGAAAUAGAAGAUAAUGUCUCUACUGGUCAACACGAUGAUGGUGUCACCUUGAAAUUCUUUGCUAAAUACCAAAAUCUUGACAAUGCUAUAGAAACUGUUAAAAAAGAAUACCUUUCUCUGUUGACCACUGAGGAAAUACCAUUUGAUACAAAUUUAACAGAAUCUCGAAAGCUGAGUUUUAAGGAUAUUAGUAGAACACAUGAAGUCCAGAUUUCUAUCAGUAACAAAAUUACAAUUUAUGGCAGACAUUCUCUUGUAAAAGAUGCUAAACUCUCUCUCCAAUCAUUAUUAAUGGGAUUCAAAGAAACUGACGAGGAAACUCUUCUUAAAACAAUGGUACAAUGGUCUUACUUUGAUGAAAAUUUUCCAGCAAACCUACAAAUGUUUGAAGACAAAGUAAAUGCCAAGCUUGAGAAAGCAUACUCACAGAAGAAAAAAACCCUUGAUUGGGAAAACAUAAAAUUUGAUAUUAAGAAAAUGAGUUUUCAACUCAGAGGGAGGAAAUAUAAAAUGAAGAGACAACAAAACCUAAAGGAUGAAGUGACCCCUGAUACAUGGUCACCAAUGGGUGACAAGGAAUUAAUUAAAAUCGUUCCAGUCACAAAUGGACCAGAAUAUGAUGACAUCCAAGCCACUUUCCGUCGGAAUUUGCCUUCCUGUCGUAUAAUCAAAAUUGAGAGAAUUCAAAAUAAAACAUUAUACCAUGGAUACCAAGCAUUGAAAAGAAAGUUUGAGGUAGAAAAUCCAAACAUUACAAAUGAAGUUGAUGACCUUUGGCAUGGUACUGCUGAAGGAUCUGUUGAUGGAAUAAAUAAAUCAGGAUUCAACCGUAGCUAUUGUGGUAAAAAUGCCACAGCAUAUGGUGAAGGUGUUUAUUUUGCCAGAGACAUCCAUUAUUCUGCAAGUAAUACCUAUUCUACUCCUGACCAUAACGGAAUAAAGAGAAUAUACAAAUGCAGUGUUCUUGUGGGAAGAGUGAUGCGAGGACACCAUGGACUAAAAGUUUUACAGGAUUCUUACAAUUCUGCUGUUGAUAAUAUUCAAAGACCCAAUAUUUAUGUUAUUUUCCAUGACUCUCAGGCAUAUCCUAAUUAUUUGAUUACAUUCUCUAAUCAUUGAAUAUAAU